UGCUUACCAUCACCAUCCGAAAAGCAUCUCAUCAGGCAGUUACUCAUUCUCACUCUGUAAAAACUCGGAAACCGCAAUGGAUAAAACAAAAUCCAGGCUUGCAGCUUUCUUUGACAAUGAUGAUGAGGAUCCUUCAUUUCCACAAAAGGAGGUUGAUCAUCAGAAACGCGCCAUUUACACACAGGGUACCAUGCGCAAAACAAAACGGGAGAAAGAAAAAGAGGCUGCGGAAGCAAAGCGCAAGGAGGAAGAGGAAAAUGCCGCGAAGGCGUAUGCAGAGUUUCUUGACGCGUUUCAGGGUGAAGGUGCGGACAGGAAGAAGGCAGGAUCAGCCUUUGUCAAGGAGGGAGAGGUUGCUGCAUACGCUCCAUCAACAAAGGGGAAGACGACUAGCUCGGCGGCACUGCGAGGGUUUGAGGAGGACCUGAUGCAACAGCCAUCCCCUCUAACGGCACCCAAGCCAAAAGGAAAACGUGCAAUGGACUCGUUCCUCGAAGAAAUUAAGAGGGAGCAAGCAGAUCGAGAAAUGAGACUUUCUCGGCAUGCCACGCACGGGCGAACAGUCACAUCUAUUGCAGCGUACGAGGGUCAAAGCGGAAGCAAGGAUCGAGGAGAUCCUGAGACUUCUAAUGUCUUCGUUGCAAACCUUCCUCCCCAUGCCAAUGAGCAAAGCUUGGGUGCCUUUUUUGCUCGUGUAGGCCCUGUUGGCUCUGUCAAGAUCAUGUGGCCUCGCGGCGAUGCGACGCAGGGACCUGGUGCAGACAUGACUGCCACUCGGCGAACGAAGAACUCAGGACUCAGCGGUUUCGUAUCCUUCAUGAAGCGCAAAGAUGCUGAAGCUGCUCUUCGUGAGCUGGACGGCUUCGACUGGGGAGGCUCUGUCUUGCGAGUCGGGUGGAGCAAAGCUGUUCCUAUGGCGUCCAAGCCUAUGUAUGUCUUCAAAAAAUCCUCCCGGUCAAGGUCCCCGUCGAGAUUGCGGUCCCCACGAGAUUACAGGAGCAGGAGCCGAUCUCAUGAUCGUGCCCGCCGUCAGUCUCACUCACGAUCCCGUUCACGGUCGCACGAUCGGGACCGUUAUCGCUCUUCUCGACGGUCACGUAGUCGUUCGUGGGACAGGGAUCGCUCACGGUCUCCUGGAGAAUACCGUGAUCGCCGCCGCCGCUCACACAGUCGUGGCCGUCGAUAUGAUAGCCUUAGCCGCUCUCCGCGAAGACUCACCCCAAGUCCUCGUGGAGCUCUCGGUCUGGAGGAAGACGAGACCUCUGAUCAAUUCAUCCGACUGGUAGCGGCCGAGGUCAAAGGACACGAUGCAGAGUAUGAGCAGACUUUACGGGAACGCGAGAAGGCAAAUUCGAGAUAUGCAUUCUUGAAGAGGGAGCAUCGGAGAAAUCGUUACUAUCGCUCACUGAUAGAGCGGCGGGAGUCGAUUGACCCACAGUUCGACGAUGAGGGCUACAACUCCGUCUAUUCAACUGACUCAGCUGAAGAAUCCGAAAGGGAGCGCAUUCGGAAGAGUGAGCUCGGUAAGCUGGCUCGACGCAGGUUUGAAGCCAUGCUACGUUCAUUGAGUGGGAGACGUGGAGAGAUUGCACGAUGCAUGGCUUUCAGCCUGGAGCAUGCAGAAGCAGCGGGAGAAGUGUCAGAUAUCAUCAUCUCAUCCCUUGUGGUUGAUGGCACACCCGUGCCGCGGAAGGUCGCGCGUCUUCAUCUCAUCUGCGACAUCUUACACAAUUCGGCUGCACCUUUACCCAUGGCCUGGAAGUUCCGGCAAGAGUUUCAAUCUCGGUUGGGAUUGGUCUUUGAUCACCUAUCAACAAUCUAUCAUUCGUUCCCUGGAAGGAUCACUGCCGAAACAUUCAAGAAGCAGAUCACUUCAGUGGUUGAUAUCUGGGAGGAUUGGAUCGUGUUCUCUCCCGAUUUCACAUCAGAACUGCGAGCUAGGCUGGAGGGAUCCGUUCCUGAGGAGGAGACGUCUGAAGCAGGACAAGAAGCUGCCGAGAUCAAGGAGGAUGCUCCCACAUUCACGUCAAAAUUCAAGGCGAGCUUCUUCAAGCCUGCGGAGGAAGCCACAACGCAGCCUGCAUCUACAGGAGCUACAUCUGACGAUGGCGAGCCUAUGGAGAUCGGAAGCGACGUGGACGGGGAACCGAUUGACGACGUUGAUGGCGGAUUAAUCAGCGCCGAUCUUGAUGGAGAACCUAUUGAUGACAUUGAUGGUGUCCCGAUGGACGAUUCAGCCUUGGACGGAGAAUCGUUGAACGGCGAACCAUUGGAUGGAGAGCCCAUGGCAGGGGAGCCGAUGGACGACAUUGACGGUGUCCCGGUAGAUAUGUAAUGUUUCUUUUCAGAAUUUCUUUGUUGCACUAGUGUUUGUUUCUUAUUCAAGUGCGGCCUACUCGUUUCGAAAAGGAUUGAGUCUGAG